CCACGCCUAGAUCCACUACUAAAGAACACGAGAGCAUUAACCACCAAAAAAAAAAAGGAAAAAAAAAAGAACACGAGAGCAUUCUAUAAAAGUUUAGAUAGAGUCACAUGAGGUCCAAUGAGUUGAUGGGUCAAAUAAAUUACAAGGGAGCCAGAGAAGACCAGGAGACGGAGAAGCUUGGCGGCUUGACUAACGUAAAAAGACUACUUUGCUGUGGGCCACGUCCCCGCCGUCCCCUCCUCUUCUCAAUCCACCUCUCCCACUUUCCUCCCAAGCGCCAACUACUCUAAUUACAAUUUUCUAGCCCUUUCAGGCUCCUUCCUUCCUUCCUUCCUUCCUCCUCCAGAAAGCCAUAUGACGACAACGCUGUGACGUUUCCUGGAUGAUGUCUCCCUCGUCUCUUACAGUCUUAUCCGACUUCCGUCCCCCCAAGAUCCCAUCCAAAGAGUUGUGUAUAUAGCUCCAACCCAAGCCCUCAUCUCUCAUUCUCAUUUGCCUCUCCAAGGCUUCCAAGAAAAGCACACACCCAAUUUGCCAGCUGCCUUCAUUGAUCAUGGACUCCACAAGGAUUGGUCACUCCUCCCUGAGCCUUGACCUCAAGGUCGGUUCUCUCCGGUUUCCCGGCCAAGUUCCAAAAGGGUUGCCCAAAAGUCUCAAGCAUGAGGAAGAGGAGUUUUUGAUGAAAAGAGAGGCUGGGGAUCUCAAGGCAGAGCUCAAUCGGGUGUCCGAAGAGAAUAAAAGACUGAACGAGAAGCUUGCCGCCAUUUAUGAAGACUAUGCCAACCUGCAGAGACAGGUAAUGGAUUUGAUAACCACCAUGUGCUCCGAUGGGGGGUCGGUCUCGCCAGGAAGGAAGAGGAAGAGUGAGAGCCUUGCCAUGCAUGGCUACAAUAUUGAUGGGGCUGAUGGAAUGACCAAUAAUUGCAUGGGACAUCAGAUUGGAAGAAACUCGAGCGAAAAUUCUUGCAAGCAAGCGAGAGAAGAGUGUCUGAAGGUCUCUAAGCUCUACGUUCGCACCGAUCCAUCGGAUUCGAGCCUCGUUGUAGGAGAUGGGUAUCAAUGGAGAAAAUAUGGUCAGAAGGUGACAAGAGACAAUCCAUGUCCAAGGGCCUACUUCAGAUGCUCAUUUGCUCCUGCCUGCCCUGUCAAGAAGAAGGUGCAAAGAAGUGCAGAGGAUAGGUCAAUCCUAGUAGCAACUUACGAAGGCGAGCACAACCAUGGUAAUCCCUCUCAGCUUACGGCACCCAGUGGUUCCAGCCGCGGUGGCUCGGUCUCUCGCCGUUCUUCGGGCCCGAGCAACAUAACACUUGAUCUCGCGCGAGUGGGAUCGCAGCAGGAGGUUGAGACACCGGAGCUUCCGGCGCGGAGUUUGGUGGAGCAAGUGGCUUGGUCAUUGACGAAGGAUCCAGAGUUUAAAGCGGCACUGACCACUGCCAUUUCUGGGAACAUUCUUUAGCUCUCUCCCCUGCUAGGAAUCAGUGAUCAGCAGAAUUGAUCCAUUAUUCUAUUUUCUGUGUCUUCAGAUUUAUUGUGGGCUGCUCAUGCUCUUCAAGGUGAUAAGGUGAUGAAGUGAUGGGUGACGCAUUUGUAAAUAGAAUUCUGUUAACAAGAGAUACAGAAAUUUUAUUUAAAUUGGCGAAAAGAACACCUUAUAGGGUGCAUGCCUAUGGUUCCCAUUUUAGCAAGCAAUGUCCAAAUGAAUCAUGGAAAUUAAAUUAAUACAAAACAUUUAUGUUCGAUUGGAAAA